CGUUUAAAGUUGGAAUUGUCCCGCCGCAUCUAUUCUCCGGUUUCUUCUUCUAAUACUUCAGCCGCGGCGACGACAACCAUAGAAAAGAAGCCAACAGCGCAAAUUCACGCAAAGCCUAACGUUAGAACUGGAAUCACCAAGGUCACGCAAAAGCGUCUAGCUGAAAAGGCAACGAAAACCAUAAAACAAACAUCGGUCUCGGUGAAAGACUUGCGGACAUCUCCCAAGGCUGGCACGAUCAAGGCUGAUAAAGUCAAUACUAAAGAAUGUUUACAUUCUUUCGACUCUACAGCUCCAGCCAAUUUUAAAUUCAACUUAUCGACGUUAUCUGUAACAAAUGUAUUUACGUCGAGUACGCCUAACGGUCCUUUAUUCGGAAAAACGUCGAUAGAGGAAAUAAAGUUGUCCCCGAAGAGCGAUACCUUCGAGUACGAGGAAACGACGGGACAUCUCAACACUGAUGUCGGCUCGAUUACUAUUGAAACAAUCAAGUUGCAGGUGUCGUCGGAUGAACAGAAAAUCUUAGAUUCCUCGAGGGAGAAGCAGUCGAGUCUUACGAAAAGUUCAUGGUCGCGCGACACGAGCAACACGAAGUCACACCAAUCAUCCCAAGUGUCUUCGUUCACUUCUUUCGUCGUGACAGUUGUGGAGAAAGACAACGCGAAAGGUACGCUUCCAGUGUCUACCGAUGUUGUUAAAGACGAUGUCCGAGGAGAACAAGAGGCCAGUCCUAGCAACGAUCAGUCUUCAGGGUCGGCCGACCUGUCGCUGUCGCGGGACGUGCAGCCUGCCGACGUCCUAACGGAGAAGCAGAAGCACACCGUGCAGCACUUCAAGCAGCAGUUGCAGCUGGAAACGGAAAGGCUGCAACAACUCUGCCAGCGAUGGACAGAGGUCCAGUCGCAGGACGACACCACGGAGGAGGCCCAGCAGCUCAUCAAUCAGGAGAUCGGGCAGACGAGUCUGCUGAUCAACGAGAAGUUCCAACAAUUCCGCGACUUGCUGACGAAGUGUGAAACAGGCAGCUCUAAUUUGCCGAUCAACUGCACGGACCUACAGGGCUUUUGGGACCUGACAUACAUCGAGGUGAAGGAUUGCGACUCGCGCUUCGCGAGGCUCGAGAGGCUCCGCGCCGCUCGUUGGCGGGAGAAGGAGCCGAAACCCGCAAAGUCCCGUAAGGAAAUCGUCGCGAAGAAGAGCAGGAAGUUUGCGAAGAAGAAGACCGCACCGGUGAGGCACAGCACGUUGCGAGAACUGAUCUCGGCCGAGAGGAGGAAGAAGAGAGCGGAGAUGCAGAAUAAGCAGGGCAAGACAGCUAUGAGUGACCCUGGUCGGUCUUGGACACGUUGGAUAAGUGCGUCACGAACAAUAAGAGGCUCACGAGCGUAUCUGAAAGAAGUUUAAAGGUGAUGCAGCAUGAAAAC